CGUUCUUCUGCUAUCCUCUCCUCCCCCUCCAUCCCCCUCUACACCCCCACUCUGUCCAACAUGUCCUCCCCUUCCUCCCCGAUCGCCCCUGUCCUUCCCGUCCUUCCCCUCACCGCACCUCCCUCACCUUCCCCCACUCUCCCACGCCACACCUGCUCCUAAACUUUCAACUCGGAAUUUACCGAAAAUAAUUUGUCGCUAUUGAUGAAACAACACAAUUUGGACUCUCUUUUUUAAUCCUUUUACUAAAACAACACUCACGAGAGGUCGCCGAUCCAUGGAUAAACGUGGCAUUCAAUCCUAUUUUUGUCAUGGAGAUCAUCCAGUAUUUUCCAGAGGUUGGCCAACUUGACCGCUGUUCAAAUGUUUUCCGUUAGCGCGUAGCCCGUUGGUGUUUUGACUGAAUUCGAUUCGAAACCUUUGUCCUUUGUCGUGGGUGAUUUGUGAUUGUGAGACCCUCGGUACUUGUCCAAUCGAGGUGAGGUGGAAUUAUGGAUUUACAUUGCAAUGUCCAAGCGUGCCGCAAGCCUCUGACUGGAACCCUGUGGGUUACAAGCUGUUCCCAUUCGUUCUGUGAGGAGCAUGCUAGCACACUAACUCUCAAAAACAUUAAGUGUCCAGCCUGCAACACAGCUCUGGGAAAACGUUUUGAUGUCAUACGUCAAAACUCUAACCCUGCUGAAGACUACAGAGCGAUGCUCCUGGUUGGACUUCGUCCCGAAAUUGUUUUGGACAUGGCUAUGCGUGCAGUGUCAUUCUGGAACUACCAAGUUGAACACGAGCUUAAAUUCCAAUUGACUUCUGCCAAACGCUCCAGAGAAAUUGCGGAGAAGUCUAAAACCACUAAUAUGUCAUUGAUGAAACAGAUAGCCUCAACAAAGAAAACUUCUGAUUGUAACGAAAGACUUGUGGGAGACUUAAAAAGUACAAUAAGACAAUUAAAGGAACAGAUCACCUAUAAAGAUCGGCAGCUCAAAAAAGUUCAACAUCUAUUUGACUCAUUCAAAAGCAAAACAAGUUUUUUGCCCCAAGAAGUUGAAAACACCAGUGAUAAUGAUUCCUUUGAUCCAAAGCAUAAUGAAUUUCAUGAAAAGAAUGCACCUAAGAAAACAGAUUUUGUGUUUGAGCCACGCUUUGCACCACAGUGAAAGGAGUGCCUGCAGGAAGAGGACUGGCCUGUGGAUGCUUAUUUGGAGAUUACCUUUUCUUUUUCAAUUUUAUUUCACAUGGAGCUGUGGUAAAACUAAGAUCAUUUGUAUAUUGUAAUUGUAUGUACUUGCCAUCAUUUUUUUUCUCAAAUCAUUUCAUUAACAGAAUGUGAAAGCUCUCACACUACAGAUUUAAGUUUGUGAUAAAUAUAAAAGUAAAAAAACAUAAAAAUAA